CUCUCCCUACCAGCACAUAUAAGACCCUAGCUGCACUUGGGAGAUGAGAGGGUAAGGUGCCUGCAGCAAGAUGGAUGUGGGCAGCAAGGAGGUCUUGAUUGAGAACCCGCCGGACUACUCGGCAGCCCCCCAGGGCCGUUUCGGCCUCCCCUGCUUCCCUUCAAGUCUCAAGCGCCUUCUCAUCAUAGUGGUGGUGAUAGUCCUUGUGGUCGUGGUGAUUGUAGGGGCUCUGCUAAUGGGUCUUCACAUGAGCCAGAAACACACUGAGAUGGUCCUAGAGAUGAGCCUUGGGGGGCCGGAAGCCCAGCAGCGCCUGGCCCUGCAGGAGCGUGCGGGCACCACUGCCACCUUCUCCAUUGGCUCCACCGGCAUCGUAGUGUAUGACUAUCAGCGGCUCCUGAUUGCCUAUAAGCCAGCCCCGGGAACCUGUUGCUACAUCAUGAAGAUGGCUCUGGAAAACAUCCCAAGUCUUGAGGCUCUCACUAGAAAGUUCCAGAACUUCCAGCUCUUCUCUGAUGCCAAGCUGCUGGCCUCAGCUGAACCUCACCACCUGGGGGCUUCUGACUCCAGCACCGCCCCCUCUUCACUGGUGAGGAAAGUCAAGCCUGCAGUGUCUACCUCUAAGCUGGGCCAGGAAGAGGGCCACAAUGCUGGCUCAGCAUCCCCUGGGGACCUGGACUUCCUGGGCACCACAGUGAGCACCCUAUGUGGCGAGGUGCCCCUCUACUACAUCUAGGACUCCGCAGGACCUGUGGAAGCCCCAAGUGAAGAGGAAAGAGCCAUGCGCUAAGGCUCUUCUGCAGAGAGGCAGAAAGCUGCUCCUACCCACACCACAGACCCUGGAGCUG